AUGGAAAUUAAAGCUUUAGCACUUAAUUAGUUUUUAAGCGAUAUAAAACUAGUACAUAGCUCUAACGAGAAGUAGAAAGAAUACUUAGCUCAUAAGUUCGUUUUGGCUACAUAAAGCUAGGUCUUUUUGAAGAUUUUAGAAGAGCAUAAAUAAGUGGAGAAAAUAGUAUUAGCAAAAUCAAUUAAGUCUGCUAAAAAUCAAGAUCUUUUAAGAGUUUAAAGCGAAGAAGAUCAUUUAGGAUAAAUUCUAAAGUUAGUUUAUUUGUCAAUCCAAAAUCCUUAAUAAGUUAGAGAUGAGGUAGUGAAAAUAGUAAAUAAAAAUAAUUGUUUUAACUACUACUCCAUUUGUCAAUCAUUAGGAUUGGACAAAAUUAAAAUCUAUUUUGGAGAAUACAUUGUGUCUAAUAUUUAAAAAGAAGACGACUCUGUAAACCUUCUCCUUGACUCCAUUCAAUUCUAGAGCGAGGAGAUGAAGUAAUCUGCUUUAGAUGUGAUUGUUCCUAAAUUUUCAGAUUUUCUUCGUAGUUCUUUCUUAAUGAAUGAGCUUAUGAACUUACCUUAUGAAGCAUUUAAAGCUCUAGUUUAAAGAGAUGAUAUAUGUGUAAACGAAGAAAGUGAUGUCUUCAAUCUCGUUUAUAAAUACAUUCUAAAAAGAGAGAGUGACCCAGAGCAUCCUUCCGUUUUGAAAUAAGCCUAAGAUGCUAAGCAAAAAGCAGAAGAUCUUAUAGGUGAAAAGCCAAAUCCUGAAGAAGCUCCAUAAAACAUUGAGGAAGCACCUAAGUAAGAAGGAGAAGAAGCACCUAAGAAUGAAGGAGAAGAAGCACCUAAAUAAGAAGGAGAGGAGGCUUAAAAAGUAGAGCAGCAAGAAAAUAAUGAAAAUAAAGAAUAACCUCCUGUUUAGGUUGUUUCUGGUUUAGAUGAAAAAGUUUAUAUUAUGCCUGACAAUUUGGAAUCUCAAGCAAAAGAAAGAUUGUAAAAUUUCAAACUCACUUAAGAAUAGAAAAAAGAUUUACUGCUCUCUAUUAGACUUGGUUAUGUAAGUCAUGAAACACUUUUAAAGUACAGCAAUAUGGAAGUUUUUUAAGAAUUCAAAGAUAUAUUUUUGCAAGCAAUAUCUUCAAAAUUAAAUUUCUAUGAUAGCUAGGAGUUCUUAAAUAAGUAUUAGUUUAAUCUAGAUCCCAGAGCAAGUUACUAAGAUCGUGUUAACAAUUUAAGUGUUGCAUAUCCAAAUAAUACAUCUAAAUUAAAUUAAAAUUCAGUUAAUCACUAAAGAACUUCAUCAAUUAACCAACAAUUCCCAAACCAUGAUAAAAAUAUUUUACUUAAUGAUACUAUUAAAAGCGAGAAUGUUCAAGCUACAAACAGAGCAAAACACUCUCCUUAGUAAGUUAAUAAUAACAUUUUGCAAGAAAGUUCUCGAGUUGGAGCUGCUAAUCCUUAUUCCCUUAUAGAUCCUAAAUUGCAGUUAUAGCAUCCAAAUAAUAAUUUACUUUCACAUAAUAAUAUUAGCAUAAAUCCUUUUUAAGGAAACUCAGCCUUGAAUUUGCCCUCUUACAAUAACUUUUAAUAAUACUAAAACCAUUAAUAACUUCCCAUCCAUCAAUCACUCUAUUAACCUUCAGGCUAGCUUGGUAAUAAUAUGCGUCCUCCUUAACACUUAAACCAAUCUUAAUAGCCUUACCCAACAAUACAAAGCCAAUUCUAUAAUAACGGAUAAGAGAAUCAUUAAAACUUAAACAUAACUAAUAGCAGUAACUUGAAGUCUCCUACUCGUUUACCUCCAAGAUAAUCUCAUGGAAAUAUUGAAUUUGUCUAUAAGAGUGAUCUAGACGAUAAUGGUGUCCUAUAUUAUCUUGGUACUUAUGGAAAAACAAAGCCUUAUGUUAACCCACAUGUAUUAGGAUAAGUGCAAGCAUUUGCUUCUACCAUACGUGCAGGUAAAAUUGAGUAUUUUGUCGGAAGAGAAAUUUAAAAUUUCUCAACUUGCAAUGAAAAAAUGAGUUUCAUGGGAGUAGAUUUAGGAGAAGACAGAUUUAUUUAUCCCACAGCUUAUACUAUAAGAAACAGAAAUUCUACAACCUAUGUCAUGUUAAAUUGGGUUUUAGAAGCUUCAGCUGAUGGAAGCCACUACAUACCAAUAGACAAAAGAAUUCACUAUGACCCAAAUGACUCUCAUUUUAACUAUACAACUGAAAGAGAAAGAGAAGCUCUUAAAGAAAGAGGAGCUUCAUCUUCUUAUUCUAUUGAUGAAGUGUCUUUAAAAAGAAUUCUAUCAGAUCAUUAACUCAAAGGAUUUAGAUUCUUUAGAAUUGUUCAAAUUUCCAAAAACUCUCAUGGUAGUGAUAACUUAAGUCUAAGUGGUUUUGAAUUAUAUGGAAUCAGCUAUGGCAAUAGUUGGUUUUGA